UCCAGAGUCAGCUAUUGGUUCAGAUAUGCCCCGCCCUUCAGGAAGUGAAAUAGAAGGCGGGAACGGUACUGUUGCAUGUUGUGGGAGAUUGCGUUACUGUAUAUCUUAUCUAAAGACUUACAGUCAAGCGGUACUAUACAUGUCGUUUUGUGAUUUUUUUUUUAAACACACCGAUGUACUCUUUUCUGUAAUAGCACCCAUGUGCUGAUCAAUUUGUGCUUGAUCUUAAUUUGAAUUUUUUAAGGAAGUUUUAAGUGUCCCACCGGUUGUUUUUAAGUAACAUUAGUGAAAGAUUCGUUCAGCGCUAUGAGCAGGUUAAGAUCAGCAGUGCAGAAGGGGAAGAGAGCGGCUCUAGAAAAUACAGAGGUGGUCAAAUCCAGCAAUAAGAAGAAAUCUAAGCCUGCUAUUAAAGAAGAGGAACCAUCUGAAUCUGAAUCUUCAUCAUACCACUUUUUCCAUGAUCCAUCUGAAAUCUCUCUUUUCCGCUCUCACCUUCUGCAGUGGUAUGAUCAAAAUAAGAGAGAGCUUCCAUGGAGAACAUUGGCCAUGACAGAACCAGAUGUUAAUAUCAGGACAUAUGCAGUGUGGGUCUCAGAGAUCAUGUUACAACAGACUCAAGUUGCCACAGUGAUAGACUACUAUAACAGAUGGAUGAAGAGAUGGCCAACUGUGGAAAAACUUGCUGCAGCUACACUGGAGGAAGUGAACCAAAUGUGGGCGGGUCUUGGAUACUACUCUCGAGGACGCAGGCUGCAUGAAGGUGCUCAGAAAGUGGUAUCAGAACUGAAUGGACAGAUGCCAAAGACCACACCGGGACUACUGAAACAGCUGCCUGGGGUCGGACGUUACACAGCAGGGGCGAUCGGUUCUAUAGCACUUGGACAGGUGACGGGUGCAGUUGAUGGAAAUGUCAUUCGAGUUCUUUGUCGCGUUCGAGCCAUAGGAGCAGACAGCAGCAGUCCCAUUGUAACCGAUGCUUUAUGGAAAAUUGCUGAUACACUUGUUGACCGAGAGAGACCUGGAGAUUUUAAUCAGGCUAUGAUGGAGUUAGGGGCCAGAGUCUGCACCCCGAAAUCGCCUCUCUGCAGCCAGUGUCCCAUUCAGACCCACUGUCGUGCCUUUAGGACGGUGAGCAUUAAACAAGAGAUUGACUCCAAAAGACUUCUAAAUAAACUUUCCUCAAAUCUCAGUACCUCUGUUCCUGACAUAGAGAAUUGUUUGGCUGCUGGCAGCUGUAACUUGUGUCUAUCAGAGGACUGGGACCCUCAGCUGGGGGUGCAGAAUUAUCCAAGAAAGCCUGCUAAAAAGGCUCCACGUGCGGAGCAAACCCUAACCUGUAUAGUGGAACGUAAGCGGAACGGAGAAGAGAUGGAAUAUCUGCUCACUCAAAGACCAAGCAAAGGACUCUUGGCAGGGAUGUGGGAGCUACCCAGCAUGCUCUUAGAAGCUGAUGUCCCUAAGAGUAAAUAUAAAGGAUUGAUAUGUGACAUGCUGCAAAAACUUCUGGAAACAUCCCUGGACACUCACUCAGUGCAGUUUGUGGGAGAGGUGGUUCAUAUUUUCUCCCACAUCCAUCAAACCUACAUUGUCUUUUCCGUGCGUGUGUCUGACUGGUCAGAUGGUGAGCGAGAGCAGAAGACCUGCUGGCUCAGUAAAUCUGCUCUGCAUGAGGCGGCUGUAUCCACUGGGGUUAAAAAGAUUAUGAAGCUCUAUGAAUCUUCAAGCAAGAUGGACAUCAAGGAAAAGAAGAGAAAACCCGGCCCUGAGAAACGGUCAAACAAAUUAAAAAAGCCCACUACUGGAGGACCCACACAACUCUGCCUCAGUAAAUUCUUUUCUACCUCAAAGGCAACAGCUUAAAGCCAAACCUGCUGACAGAAGAUACUCUGUAUAUUAAGUUAUAGGAUUUUUCAUUAUUGUAUAAUCUGUGGUUAUCAUGUAAAUUUGCCAUCAUGUCAAGAGAGUCACAUAUUACCUGUAGCUAAGUUUUUUUAUUUUUAACAAGAAAAUUCAUUGUUAUGCGGUAUGUUUUUAAAAUAAAAUGUGUCUCUUUUUUUUAUUGGUAUCCAGAAUAAAAGACAGCUGUUUUUAAAUAAA